UGUAAUUUUCAUUUCUCUUGAGAAAAAAAUGAGAGGAGAGAAAACAUUCUCCUUCUUUCUUCUAUUAUUCUUUAUCUUAAUUUCACAAACAACAGCCACAAAUUACCCAAUCAAUGUCUGGCCCAAGCCCACAACAUUCCUUUGGCCCAACCCAAAAUCCAUCUUCCUCUCCACAAACUUCACCAUCUCCCACCCGUACCACCGGUACCUCACUCCCGCCGUCGACCGUUACCGCCACCUCAUCCUCUCCGAACACCACCGUCCCAUCAUAACUCCCGCUAUCAACCUCACUUCAUCAAUUCCGUUACAAAGCCUUGUCAUCUCCGUCUCCGAUGUCACUUCACCACUCGCUCACGGAGUCAACGAAUCCUACUCUCUCUCCACACCUUCCGACGGCUCCGCCUCCGCCUACAUAUCUGCGGCGACUGUAUGGGGAGCCAUGCGAGGGCUGGAGACAUUCUCACAACUCGUGUACGGAAACCCUACCAGAGUUUCCGCCGGCGUGUAUAUACACGAUCUACCGAUUUUUACUCACAGAGGUGUGAUGUUGGAUACUUCGAGAAAUUUCUACGGAGUCGAUCACUUGUUAAGGCUGAUUAAAGCUAUGAGUAUGAACAAGUUGAAUGUUUUUCACUGGCAUAUAACUGAUUCACAUUCAUUUCCGCUUGUGAUCCCGUCGGAGCCUGAGCUCGCCGGAAAAGGAGCGUACAGCAACGAGAUGAUGUAUUCGCCGGCGGACGUGCAGAAGAUCGUGGAAUAUGGAAUGGAACACGGAGUUAGGGUUUUACCUGAAAUUGACAUGCCUGCACAUACAGGAUCCUGGGCUGAAGCUUACCCUGAGAUAGUCACUUGUGCAAAUAUGUUCUGGUGGCCCGCUGGAAGUAGUCCAGCUCUUGCAGCUGAACCAGGCACUGGCCAACUGAACCCAUCGAUUCCCAAGACCUAUGAAGUAGUCAAGAAUGUCAUCCAGGGCACUAUCGCCAUGUUUCCGGAUUCACUCUUUCACGGAGGAGCAGAUGAGAUCAAUUCAGACUGUUGGAAUACUGAUCUAUCAGUCCAAAAGUUUGUUGCUAGCAAUGGAACUCUCAGUCAGCUACUAGAGAAGUUUAUCAAUAAUACCUUACCUGAAAUCCUCUCACUCAAUCGUACGGUGGUCUACUGGGAGGAUGUUAUAUUGAGUGGUAAUGUGAAAGUGAAUCCAUCUCUGCUUCCUCCACAGAAUGUUAUUAUGCAAACUUGGAAUAAUGGACCAAACAAUACAAAGCAGCUUGUCACUUCUGGCUACCGUGUGAUUGUGUCAUCUGCAGAUUACUAUUACUUGGAUUGUGGCCAUGGAAGCUUCGUUGGGAAUGACAGCCGCUAUGAUCAGCCACCAGGUACUGACCAAGGCAAUGGCGGAUCAUGGUGUGGGCCUUUCAAGACGUGGGAAACCAUUUACAACUAUGAUAUAACCUACGGCCUAACUGAUGAGGAGGCUCCAUUGGUAAUUGGAGGGGAAGUAGCAUUAUGGUCCGAACAAGCUGAUUCAACUGUUAUGGACUCAAGGAUUUGGCCAAGAGCAUCAGCAAUGGCAGAAGCAUUGUGGUCAGGAAAUCGUGAUGAAACAGGAAUGAAGAGAUAUGCAGAGGCUACUGAUCGACUGAAUGAAUGGAGGUACAGAAUGGUUUCUAGGGGAAUAGGUGCUGAAUCGAUUCAACCACUUUGGUGUCUCAAAAACCCAGGCAUGUGUAACACAGUUCAUUCAUUUACUAGCUGAUCCUUCAUCAGUGUCUGUACCAGUCAUUUAUCUGUAUUAUCUUCUAUAUUCAGAUCCAGUUUAUUAUUGUAAUGUUACCUUCUAUUGUCACCACAUUACCAUGAUUUUACUAGGCAAAUGAAUCUGGGAAUUUCUUA